AUGGCAUCUGCGCACCACCGCCAUCAAAAUUCCCUUGAAGGGAUCCUCGACUUCUCCUCCAGUCCUCCUUUGCGAGAAGAUGAACGCGCUCUGGCGGAAUCUAGAUUUCGCCAAAUUAUUGAGCACUAUGAAGCGUACGAACGCCCACCUCCCAACACCCGAUACAAUCGUAUCGAAUUAAUCCGAUCGACAUACAAUUUUGCGAGGUCAGGAGAGUCCAAGGAUAAUGUCCUUCGGGCUUUUUUCAGCGCUGUCGGCUUGCCGAUGAAGGAACCUGGCGAUGUUGAUUUCUCCGCCAAAGAAAUAGAGGAUGACAUUUUGGCUAAGCUGACUGGAUUUGCUGAUUACUUGAUCGAUAACUUCUUUCUACCUUUGAAAGCCUCAACUAGAAGAACUCCUCAACCGUCCCCCGCAUUCCAUUCGGCCACGCAAAGCACGCAGGCAGGCGGGCAGACGUUCAUCGGAACCAUGGCCCGACUUAAGACUCUGCGAGGCGACUGCCUGCAACGAGACCGACAUCGCUGUGUAAUCAGCCGCAACUUCGAUCAAAAUGAAGCAGUCAAACGUUGGAAUACGUCGCGUGCAGAUGCCGUAGAUGAUGACGGACACGCCCUUCACGAUGGUGUAAUCGAACCUUUGGAGGUUGCCCAUAUUCUACCACACUCAUUGGUGAAGGCAAACGUCGAUUUAGAACUGAAUGAUACCCGUGAAGCCGCAUUGAAGAUCCUCAACAUGUUUGAUGAUGGUGUCACUCAUCUUAUUGAAGGCCCUGACAUCGACAGACCACGCAACGCCUUGACGCUGACACACAAGCUUUGUUUGUUCUUCGGCGAUUUCCAAAUGUACUUCGAGCCCGUCCACGGCGAACCAAACACAUACCGAAUCGACACAUUCCUUCCUGGUUCAUUCCUGGACAACCUCCUGCCCGUCACUCGCACUUUAUUUUUGACAGAAUCACGAGGAAUCGAACCGCCAAUGCCUCGUCUUCUCGCCAUCCAUUACGCCAUCGCCCACAUUCUUCAUCUCUCUGCUGCUGGACCUUACAUUGAUAAAAUCCUUGAAGAUGCGGCGGAGCAAGACGUGCGAGCCGAUGGGUCGUUUCCACUCGGACAACUGGUACAAUUGAAGAUGGAAGGGUUGUUGGGCGACAUAGGGGCUUAG